AGAUGGCCAGGCAUGCACUGCUGAAAGGGGUUGAAAAUUUUUGAAAGUCAACAGUUCCGCCGUUUGGCUUGCGCCCCGAUUUAAAAUUUUAAGUAAAUUCCAACACUUCACUGGAAAAUCUGCAAACAAGCCAUGUCCACCGUUACUGAAUCCCAGUCACUCGAAGCAGAAACCAAAAUUGAAACGGAAUGGGAAUCGGAAAGCGAACCCGAGCCCCCGAAAGAGCCAUGUGUCCGAAACUGGCUAGACCUCCCGCGGGAUGUGACGGCGUCGAUCCUGUUGAGACUGGGAGCUAUAGAGAUCAUCGAGAGCGCUCAAAAAGUAUGCACUCAGUGGCGCAACAUCUGCAGAGAUCCCUCCCUUUGGCGGUCCAUCGACAUGAGGAAUGCUGGUGACUUACAUGACAUGCCCUAUAAUCUCGAGAGAAUGUGCAGGCAUGCUAUAGAUCGCAGCUGUGGUGGUUUGGUCGAUAUCAAUGUUGAGUAUUUUGGUACGGAUGACCUUCUGGCUUACAUCACCCAGAGAACAACUCAUCUCAGACGCCUCCGACUGGUGCAAUGCUGGGGUAUUUCGGAUGAGGGAUUGAGUAAAGCAGCUUCAAAAUUUCCAUUGAUGGAAGAGCUUGAAAUUUAUUCUGGUAAUACUGGUAAAGAUGCUAUUGAAGCUAUUGGGCGUUGUAGCCCUCUUCUGAAAACAUUCAAAUACAAUCAAGUGGCUAUCAGAGACUCAUAUUUUAAGGAUGACGAGGAGGCACUAGCUAUUGCGCAAAACAUGCCUGGACUACGCCACCUCCAGAUCCUUGGAAACAAGUUGACUAAUCAUGGUUUGCAGGCCAUUCUUGAUGGGUGCCCUUACCUUGAAUCCCUUGACCUGCGCAGAUGUUACUUUGUUAAUCUGGAAAGGGAUUUGGGGAAGAGAUGUGCUGAACAGAUUAAAAAUUUCAGACACCCCAGUGAUUCAACUCAUGACUAUGAAUUCACUCCAGGGGUGACUGAUGAAGUUAAGGAGUUUUGGAUGUCUGAGAGGAGUCCUUCCGACAAAAUCUCCUAUUCUACGCGAGAAAACAGAAAAGAAAGAAAACAGGCCAUGACCACCGCCGAAGCUGAAACUCGUAAUUGGCUGGAGCUGCCCUUGGACGUGACGGCCUCGAUUCUCUCUCGGCUGGGUGCAAUUGAGAUCCUGAAGGGCGCCCAAAACGUCUGCUCUCAAUGGCGAAAGAUCUGCAAAGACCCAUUGAUGUGGAGAUCCAUCGAUAUGCACAAUUUGGGUGAUAUUGCGGAGAUGGACUGUAUCCUCGAAAUAAUGUGCGCCCACGCUGUCGAUCGCAGCUGUGGCCACUUGCUUGAUAUCAAUAUCGAAUGUUUUGGUACCGAUAAGCUUCUACUUCAUAUCGCUGAGAGGUCUAGUCAUCUUAAACGUCUUCGACUUGUAUGGUGCUGUAACAUUUCAGAUGAAGGAUUAAGCGAAGCUGCUUCGAAACUUCCAUUUUUAGAAGAGCUUGAAAUUUCAUACUGCACCAUUUCAAAAGAUGCUCUGGCAACUGUUGGGCGCUGUUGCCCUCGUCUGAAAUCCUUAAAAUUCAAUAAUCAGGGAUACAGACGCUUCCGCUUGGAGUCUGAUGAUGAGGCAGUAGCUAUUGCACAAACUAUGCCUGAAUUACACCACCUCCAACUUUUUGGGAACCAGCUGACAGAUGAUGGCUUGCAGGCCAUUCUAAAUGGCUGUCCACACCUUGAAUCUCUUGACUUGCGCCAGUGUUUCAAUGUUAGUCUGGUCGGGAACUUGGAGAAAAGAUGUGUUGAACGCAUGAAAAAUUUGCGAUGGCCUUAUGAUUCGACUCAUGAUUAUGAGUUUGAUGCGGAAGUUCAUGAUACUGGGUCAUCAGAUGAAGAUUACCCAUCUGGAAUUUCUGACAUUGACUUAAUGUCCGAUGAUUAUGAUGAUUAUUUUGAAUUCUCAGGGGCCAGUGACUUCUCAGAUUAUGAUGACGAGUACUUGUUUUUUGGCUAAUGGUUUGUCCAUGAAGUAGAGACUAUUCCAGGCAUGGAAACCAGGUGACUAGGAUGAAGAUAAAAAUCAAGCUGCGAAUUCAGUGAUGUUAUUGCAGGCUCAUAAGGUUGCUCCUGAUCGUCAAAUAUUUCUCCUUUUGCACAUGGAAGGCUGACAUCUAUCGAUAUGUCUGUUAUUGACAGUUUGAGAGGUUUCAUACAUUCGUGAUUCCUCUAGAAAAACAGCAGUUAAUCUUUGCCAGGGACCUUUGUUGUACCUCUUGUUCGGUAUACUCUUCUAUCUAUACAAAUAGAAGUUAUUAUUAUCUUUUGGAAUCAUGUGGCGAAUCGAAGUUUAUCAA